AUGCCUCUACGACAAACCCUCCUAAACUUCUACAAGUCGCGCUCGACACAGAAGUCUGCAGCCAUGACUCCAUCGAUGCGAGGUCGUCCCUCUGUCUUGCGGGCAGAUAGCUCGACUUCAUCAGAUACUGACCCAGACACUAUCGUCGUAUCUACCCAGCCUCCACGGCAACUUCCAACUCCCUCUGAAAGUUCUCUCGACGUGUCGAUCUUAGAUGCACAGGUAGUCAGUAUGAAGGAGGUGUCCAAAGGUCGAGCACGACGCGUUAGUCGACGAUUGACCAAGACCCAGAGUCAAGACAUCCUCAUCGAGACAACUGAGGAUGAAUCUCUCAAGACCAGAACUGUUAGUGGAGAGACAUUGGUCAACAUGGAUAAUGCCAGCCAAUCCACCUUAGUGAAAGAAGGAAUUGCUGCCUUGGAUCUUCCCUGGGACAUGACCGACGCGUUCAGCAAGGGAGGUAAGCAUGACCUGCUAGCAGUGACUAGUCCUGGACGGACCUCUACAAUGGCAGGCCAUGAGGACGAUGAAUCUGAAGAAGAUGAGGCAGAACGCCUGGCCAGAGCUGCAGCAAAGAAGGCUAAAAUGGAGGAGAACAACAAACUAUGGGAAGCACGGCGUAAAGCAGCCGAAAAGCAAGCAACCCGGAGGUCUUCUCGCAUGCCGGUGCUUGAAAAAGCAAGCGAAAUUGUCUCCAGCAUUACCAACAGCGUACUUGGAAAGAGAAAGGACCGCACAACACAAUUUAUGUCAACUUCAGCUCCUCAAUCUACCGAAGUGGCUGGCGAACCUGACCAGAAGAAGCGACGACUCAGCCAGGCACCAACCCCCUCUGAGGAACCUGUACCGUCACCAAAAGUUCCAGCUCGGCGGCGCGAGAAGAAAUGGCUCACCUCGGGACUUUUUGCUGGUCAACAAAGAUCAGUCAGCAGCCAGAAGAACCGAAAGAGCGGAGCAACAGUGACGCCUCCAGUUAACAACUGGGUGCUACCAUUGCCCAUGUAUGCUGGAGAACGACUCUUGAAUCAAGGUCGGGACUUCAAACUUCCAUUUGACAUCUUUUCUCCUCUGCCCGCUGGCCAACCUAAACCAGACGAGUGGAAAAAGGUGAACAAGAAUGUUUUUGUCGGAGACGCUGCACAAGCAUGGCGAGUGUCCAAGUACGAGGAGACAUCAUUGUGCUUGUGCACACCCGAGACUGGUUGUGACCAGAAUUGUAUGAACAGAUAUAUGUAUUACGAAUGCGACAGCCGCAACUGCGGUCUUACGGAAGAACAGUGUGGGAACCGAAAUUUCGAGUUCCUAAAGCAACGAGUCAAGAAGGGCGGCAAAUAUAACGUUGGGGUGGAGGUCAUCAAGACAGAAGAUCGAGGUUAUGGUGUUCGCAGCAACCGAACAUUCGAACCCAAUCAGAUUAUUGUCGAAUAUACAGGGGAGAUUAUAACUCAGGACGAGUGUGAGCACAGGAUGAGGACUAUGUACAAAAAUAAUGAGUCCUACUACUUGAUGCUUUUCGACCAAAACAUGAUCAUCGACGCAACCCGUGGCUCUAUUGCCCGCUUCGUCAAUCAUUCCUGCGACCCAAACUGCAGAAUGGAGAAAUGGACCGUCAACGGUAAGCCACGGAUGGCCCUUUUUGCCGGAUCUCGUGGCAUUAUGACGGGAGAUGAGCUUACCUACGACUACAACUUUGAUCCAUAUUCUCAGAAGAAUGUGCAGGAAUGCAGAUGUGGUGCGGUCAACUGCCGUGGCUUUCUGGCUCCACGACCCAAAGAAGAACGGAAGCAGAAGAGCCCUGACGAAGAUAACAAGAAGCCCAGUAAACUGGCAGGGGCCAAAAGAAAACUCACUGAGGCGAUUGGAGGAAGCCAGAAGCGAAUUGCCAAAAAGGUCAAGAGGAACCCCCCCACUGCGAAGGUCUACAAGUCGAAUACUUCAAAGAAUACCAGUCCCAUCAAAAAUCGCAAGGUCCGCCUGAUCAAAAAAGCUUUCUCCCGCAAGACCAGUGCAACGACAGUACAGGGACUCGCUCGCCGUCCGUCGAAGCUUAAAAAGCUGGUUGAAAGUGCUAAGAGCAAGACAGUCGGUCGCAGCAAGACAGCCGCUAAUACUCGAGCGGUUUCGACGUCAUCAUCCACAGCUUUGAUCGCGAAGAAGACCCAAAAAGCAUCGAAUGGCACAAUCGGCCGGUCGUCUAGUUUGCGAGAAAAGGCAUCAAAUGUCAAAAGCCGAGUGGUAAGGACCGUCAAAGGCGGCCAAAGUGGCAUGGCACGGAGCAUCAGGCCUGUAAUGGACGAUAUGGACGACCUGGACGAAGUGUGA